AUGGCAACUGACGACGUUACCCUACUAGAUAUCGAUUCUGAGAAAAUCGAGAAAUGCACACAACCUCGCCUGCUGAGAAAGUACAUCGCACUGCUAGAACAAGAUGGUGGCUACUAUCAUCAGCUCCUGAGUGCCGCCAGAAAAAGACUUGAUGAUCUUGUUGGUAGUAAACCGUCCUCGGGAGUUGGAGCCGCCAGCUGGUGCCGCGGACCGUCCCCAGCAGACAUUGCCGCUGCCAAAGCGGAUCUCCUUGAGUGGCAGCGCAGUUUGUGUGUACAGCAGCGUGUCGACCUGGACGCCGCUGCUUGUGCAACCUCCAUCCCACGGGACGCACAGAUCUCGACAGAAUGCGGUUCCAAAGAAGGGACUCCGGAAUCUACAACCAUCGCCAUCCCAAGCAUCUCUGCUGGGGGAGGACAGGUCAGCAGGACUAUCAACGCCGUCAAUGUACCAGAGUGUUUUUCGCAGGGAGAGAAUUCACCGGAAAGGGGUUUUAAAAUAACCGCCUUAGAGGCGCCACCUAAUACUCUUGAGUGCACGGAUGGAGCUCCUGUACAAGACAGCAAGGAGGGAGUCGAGUCGUACAGGGAUACCAGUUCACGGACAGCUGCGCAUUCGGCGCUUCCAAAUCGUGGAACAGACACUGACGUAGCGGUAGGUGUUCACGCCGCCGAGGAAUCAGUACGUACGCAGAACACUGCUGAAACAGUGCAGCAUAGUCAUGCUCCCCUGAAAAGACGGAUCUCCGUGCUUUUAGAUGAAAGUGAUGCCCCUGAGGACAGCGAGCCCGAUGAGGAUGACGACCACGAAUUCGUUCGCAGUGGCCACCAGAGCCGGCCGAAGCAGUUUCUGACACCUGUAAGGCGACAGACUUCGUCUCAGGCUUCCAGCUCGGCCUCUGCCCAAAUCAUGCAGUCCAAAAAAGAGUCCAGCAGCGAAUGCGCGACUGUAAACUGCGGAGAAGGGACCGCGGUGACUUCUCGCUGUUGUUUCGCGGAAAGGGACGAAACUGAACCAAAUGCGCCACGUUGCAGUCACGAUGAAAGCGACACCUGGAAGGGGAUCCACACACCAAAUAGGCAUGCCGAUGAAACUGCCGAGGCGUCCCUCCCACGCGAUUGUGAGAAAACAGAGCGAUCGAACUGCGUUACUCUGCACGAUGAUAGCCUGGAAAACAGUUCUCAGAAGCUGUUACCAGCUGGACAGUGUGGCGAUAACCUCAGCGACAUGCGGACGAAGAAAAUUUACUCCCUCAAAGGUGCAGCAGUUGCUGCAUAUGACGAGGGUAACCAUGAGAAAGCUCUGAUGCUUCUGACCGAGUCUCUGAAGAUAGCCGAGGAAGGUGUCCUUGCAGCAGGAGAACCUGCCUAUGCUUCUCCAACUGACCACUUCCCAAAUGCCUCUCUCAGGGUAGGCAACAAGUCUGCUGAGAACAAACUGCCGCUGAAGUUGCACAGUGUGCUUUAUUCUAAUAGAAGUCAGGUGCACCUGACAUUGGGCCAGUAUGCACAAGCAGCUGAGGAUAGUCUUCGCGCCAUGCAGCUCGACAGUGCAAAUAUCAAGGCUCUCUGGCGAAGAGCGCGUGCGCUCGUAGCUUUGGGUGGCCACGACAACCUGGACCUAGCCUCUACAAUAGCCAAGCGAAUCGAGGACGCUUUUCAUCGGGGUGAAACAGAUCUCCCUCCUUCUGCAGUCGACCAGCUUUCUCAGCUGCAGGCUUCCAUCAACCGCGCCACUGAGCAGCGGGGAUCAGAGCCGUCGGCUGCACCCCAUUCUUGUGCUAACACAUACCCUGUCUUGUAA